ACUAGGCUGGCUAAGCACAUCCCUAUGGCAGCUCUCAAGGCGGGAUUUAGACUUGAAAGAGUAGCGAAUGCUGACAAAGAGAUUGAGCUGACUGCAGCCUUGCCAGCUCAGAAGUCCCUGAAUGUCAUUGCUAGGAUUCCAGAGAUGACACUGUCAAGAAUGGCUAUUCCCCUUCCUGUCGCUAUUCCCAUCAAUCCAGAUGGAACCCUUUCCAUUCAUAUUGAUGAGGACAUUCUCUCCUGGAUCCAUAAACACAUCAAGGAAGAAUAAAACAUGAUGAAUUACAUUUUACAUUUAAGAAAAUGUGAGCUGUAUUCAUAAUUAAUUAAUUAAUUGUUUUUUGACAGUUUAAUUGAAUUUUACCACUGAUGUAAUGCAAGAAAUUAUAAUAAACACCCUGCAAGUUA